AUGGUCAAGCUCUCGCUCUCUUUCGUCUUCCUUGCCCUGUCGUCGUACGCCUACGCCGCCGGAACCACCUGCACCUUUAAGACGGUGGCGCAGGUCAACGCCGGUAAGGCCAAGUGCGACAAGAUCGUGCUGGACAACAUCGUCGUCCCCGCCAAGACGACGCUCGACCUCACCGGUCUUAGGGCGGGCACGCAGGUCGUGUUCUCCGGCAAGACCACCUUCGGCUUCGCCCCGUGGAGCAAGGACAACUUCCUCAUCGCCAUCGACGGCACCCGCAUCACCGUCACCGAGACGCCCGGAUCCGUCAUUGACUGCGGCGGAGAGCGCUGGUGGGACGGCAAGGGCUCCAACGGCGGCACGGAAAAGCCCAAGUUCUUUUCGGCCCACAAGCUGACCGACAGCCACAUCGGACCGCUCCACAUCAAGAACACGCCGAUCCAGGCUUUCAGCAUCAACGGCGUCAACGGCCUCACCCUCGACGGCAUCAACAUGGACAACUCGCUCGGAGACGUCAAGGGCGGCCACAACACCGACGCCUUCGACAUCGGCUCGUCGACCGGCGUCUUCAUCACCAACGCCGUCGUCAAGAACCAGGACGACUGCCUCGCCGUCAACAGCGGCAAGAACAUCCUCUUCUCCAACGGCGACUGCUCCGGCGGCCACGGCCUCUCGAUCGGCAGCGUCGGCGGACGCUCGGACAACACCGUCGACGGCGUCCGCAUCGAGCACUCCAGGAUCAGCAACUCGGACAACGGCGUCCGCAUCAAGAGCGUCGAGGGCGCUAAGGGUCUUAUCAACAACGUCACCUACACCGACAUCACCCUCUCCAACAUCGCCAAGUACGGAAUCGACAUCCAACAGGACUACCAGAACGGCGGCCCGAGUGGCACCCCGACCAACGGCGUCAAGAUCACCAACAUCAACAUCAACAACGUCAAGGGCAGCGUCGCGUCCAAGGCGACCCCGAUCUACCUCCUUUGCGGCGAGGGAAGCUGCACCAACUGGAAGUGGAGCGGCAACAGCAUCUCGGGCGGCGUCCCCAAGCCCAACAGCUGCAAGAACUUCCCGAAGCCCGCUUCGUGCUGA